UACAAAUAGUAUAAAAAUAUGCCACAUAAUUAACUGCACGCUGACUUUACAGUACACACGUGUAAAAUCCGUUUCUCUCACCAAAAUAAGUCAUUGCAAAAAUUGUUGCUGAGAACAAUGGUUUCCUGUAUUCAGGGUUGUUUUGUCCCUAAUUGCCGCACAUGAUUUUAAAAACCAAACCCUGUAGUGAGUGUCUGAACAAUGAUCCUGGUCUCUGACCAGUGAAGCCCUGUGUGCAGCUGAGGACCACUUCAAACGUCCAGCUUCAUCAUUGUUUCAGUUGAACUCUGCAGCCGAAACAUGUGCGGAGGGCUCACGUGUUCGUCAAACCUCCUGUAUGAAGCCCAUUAUAUGCUUCAAACAAAUGGCCGUUAAAUGUCUUCACAUCAUCCGGCCAUUAUGUGCAUUUUUGUUACCACGAUGCAUCAUUCAUUCUGGCAUCAAAAUUACAAGGAGCCACUGCCUCCGCUUACAGUCGGCCAUUUUUAGAAAUGACGGCUGUAAAUAAAAUUACAGCUCAAAAUAAACCACCUCAUUUCUUUUCAGUUUUUUUUUCUUUUUUUUUUUGUGUUAGUUUUGUGAUGACUUCGAUUGCCCCUCAUUUCCUUCUUUAAUUUCUCACUUCUUCCCUCCUUCCAAAUGUUUUUCUGUCUCCAUCAAUACCAUCGACCAAUGACAGCGAGCGCUGGGGCUGAGGAAAUGGAUGGUGUGGCUAUUUUUAGAAUCAGGGAAGGAGGGCAAAGCUAAAGUGAGGAACGGGAGGGUGAGGUAGAGGAGGGAUGUGAGGGGAAGAUAGAGCUUUAUUCUGCCUCUGCCUCUGGUCAGAGACAGUCGGAGCUUCAGAGGAGCAGCAGCAUCACCGGCUGCAGACCAAGCAUCGUUUAAAAGACAUUUAAAGAAGAAGAAGAAAAAAAGACACAUUUAGCAGUUACAAACCUGCAGAGUCUUGACUAAGACUGCAAGAGAAGAGGGACAAAGACAGAAGGAGUCGACAGGGACAAAGCAGCUAUGCGACCACGGUCCAGACUGCUGUCGAAGAGAAAUCUCCUGCUGCCCACAAUCAGAGAGGGCACAGAGGAAACAGUGAAGGAUCUGAAUGAGGCCAACACGCUUCACAUCCCCGGCCAGAACCAGCCCAUGUCCUCAGAGGACUACCUCCUCUCCAUCUGCCACCUCGCCCACCCCACAUUCCCCAUCAGAGACGUCGCCCAUGACAACCUCCACGCGGGGCAGCUGGAUGCCGCGCACCAGAGACUGAGGAUGUCACGGCACAGCGGGAAGACGUCGAGGAGCCUGCGAUUCAGCAGCACGGCCGAGGAGCAGGCCGUGGACGUAGAUCAGGGCGAGCAAAGACGGCUGAUGUUCGGCAACUCUGACCCUCUGGAGUAUCUUUACGGACACCAGCACGACCACCUCUCAGGAGGAGCCGGGAGAGCCUUUGUCAAGGACGGCACUUUAUGGGAGACUCGCUCCAGAGCCCACAGCAUCCCCCGAGCCUCUAGUCCCGUCCUCCCACGUGAACGCAAGACCAGCUGCCCACACAUACACGCCUGCUCUGACACCUCCGUACCAAAUAUCUCGCCGAAGCACAGUUCCUCUCUCAGGUGUGAGACUCAGAAGGAGAACCCAAAAGAAACAAGAAGUGAGGAGGUGCCACAGAAAUCCACCUUCAAACAGUCCCUGAUCUCCCAGUGGAUCUCUGACUGCAGGUCUGCGUGGAGGCAGGCGCGUCUGCACGCCUGCAUGCUGCCCGCCAUCGCAGAGAUGUGAACGGACGGACGUGGAGACAGAAGAUGUAAAAUAUCCCGGGUCUGUUAAUGUCACUGCAUGAGAUCACUGUAUAACAAGACCCAGAAGAAAUGUGUGUUUUAUGCAUAUGUACAGUACAUGGUGAGGAUUAUUAAAUACACAGGCAGGCGCAGUACACCGUGCCAUGAUUGUCUGACUGUAACGUUACACCAGUGCCAUUAUCUGCCGUCCACUGUCCUCUUGGAAAUCUGCAAAAUACUUUUUUAUACCCGAGUUGUGAAGUGUGCAUUUAAAGUGAAUAAAGUCAUAUUUUGAUACAGCAAAGAAAACUCACUGAUCGUUGUU